UGGAGCUAUGGACAUUAAUUUAACCAUCUACUCCAAUCCCCGCCAAGAGACUGGCAUAGCUGGACAUCCAACGUACCAGUUUUCUGCUAAUACAGGUCCUGCACAUUACCUGACUGAAGGACAUCGGACAAUGAGGGGGAAGGGGGAUUACUUCAGGCUGGGCCGUGGCUCUGACAUGCCCGUGAGGAAGCCGCAGGUGGUGGAAGCGCUGAGUGGAAAGAAGAUUGUGCACAUGGACUUCAGGGUCCUGCACUGCCUGGCGGUCACUGAUGCAGGGCAGGUAUAUGCUUGGAGUGACGAUGACCAUGGCCAACAGGGCAAUGGUACGACCACAGUUAAUAGAAAGCCCACACUCACGCAAGGCUUAGAAGGCCAGAAGGUCACACGAGUGGCCUGUGGGUCUUUGCACAGCGUGGCAUGGAUGACAGUCGAUGUGGCAACACCCUCUGUCCACCAGCCCAUCCUCUUCCAGACUGCGAGGGACCCUUAGGUGCUUCCUAUUUAGGUGUGCCUUCAGAUGCUGAUUCUUCUGUUGCCAGUAAUAAAAUCAGUGGUGCAAAUAAUUCUAAACCAAAUUGCCCUUCUCUUGCCAAGAUUCUCCUGUCAUUAGAUGGAAAUCUGGCCAAACAGCAGGCCUUAUCUCACAUACUGACAGUCCUGCAAGUCACAUGUGCCAGGCUGGGAGUGGUCUGACUGGUCCAGCGAGCUGCGCAUCCCGGGGGAUGAGCUGAAGUGGAAGUUCAUCAGUGAUGGGCCUAUGAACGGGUGGGGCUGGCGCUUCACCGUCUACCCCAUCAAGCCAGCCGUGGGCCCUAAAGACCUCCUUUCCGAUCGCUGCAUCCUCUCCUGUCCAUCGGUGGACUUGGUGAUGUGUCUGCUGGACUUCUGGCUCAACCUGGCCUCAAACAGAAGCACCGUCCCCCGCCUGGUGGCAUCUCUGGCGGCCUGCGCACAGCUGAGCAUCUUAGGUCCUUCCAUUCCUCUGGAUGUUCUCUCAGCAUCAAACUCCUCCACUCAGCUGAUGGUGAAGUGGAACCCACCCUCUCUGCCCAGCAGCAGCCUGAGUUCCUACAUCAUGCAGUGGUGGCAUCAGCCUCAGGACAGCUGCCAUCACUGCAAAACUACUGCCCCAAAGCCUGUGCAACCUGGCUCUCCUUGGGCUCCUCUUUUCCAAGCAGACAAAAUCCCCAUCAGGAAGUAUGCUGAUGGCACCAUCAAUGGCGAGGAGGUGACGGAGAAUCUCAAGACCAAACUGUGGUGGCAAGAAGGGGCAGUGCUGCACUUGUCCCAUAACCAAGGCUGAGAAGCAGGCCGAGAAAGAGGAGGCCGAGGACUGCAAGGUCUUCAAGAAUUCCCUGCACAACAUCAUCUUCAUGCCCAGUACCUGCCCUCUGAGGAUGACUUCAGGCAGGGUCUGGUGCUUUCUCACCACCCUGGUCUUCUGUAGGUCAGCAGCCUUAAGACCCAAAAGGAAGCAGAGGGAGGUCAUGCAGGCCACCAGCACCACCAUAUCCAGCUGAAACAGGAACACCACUGCGGUGGACACCUACAACACCACAGGCCCAGAAGAGCUCGAGAUGGAGUACCGUUUCUUUGAAAGCAAAGUGGACAAGGAGAGAACUGUAAUCUCUAACCUCUGGCCUUUCGUUUUGUACCGCAUCAGUAUCCACAUCUGUAACCACAAGGCUGAGAAGCUGGGCUGCAGCACCUCCAACUUUGUCUUUGAGAGAACCAUGCCUGCAGGAUCGGCGGGGAUGUGUGUCCUGACAGGAGCACAGGAAGUGUGCAGGGGCCAGGCUAAGCCGGCUCACCAGGGGAGCUACACGGCCCGGAUCCAGGCCACCUCUCUCACUCUGCAAUGGGUUGUGGACCAAUCCUGUGUUCUACGUCCAGGCCAAAAAAACGUGGGGAGAUUUUACAACACCAAUGAAACAUUCACCGGGGGAGAGAGAGAGACUCUGAGAGAAGACCCCCAGCCCCCAGUAUAGAGAGAGAAUUUGAAAUGAUUUUUAAUCGUGUGAAAUGACACCCGAUCACCAUGCAACAGGGUAUGAAUCUCAAAAACCUAACGUGGGGCAAAAGAAGUCCAGACCCAAAGGACGUGUGUAAUAUGAUUCCAUCCAUAGAAAAUUCAAAUAUAGGCCAAAAUAGACUAUUAUUUGGGUACGCAUAUUCAGAUGAUAAAACCAUAAAGAAAAGCAUGAAAUACUCAUCACAAGAUAGUGGUUACCUCUGUGGGAGGGAGGGGCUGUGAUCAGGGAGAAGCUUGGGGGCAGGGUGUGCUUUGGGGUGCUGGUCACAUUCCAUGUGCUGUCCAAGUGUUUGCUUUGUAUCUUCAUUAAUAGAUGCACACACAUAAAAUAAAGCUUUGUGCACCUUUC